AUGCGUCUGUUCGACCGACGCUCUGAGACUCAGCCGUCUGGUCGACAAAUGAGCGACGUAAAAGGGCCGAUGCCCGAGAAGGCAGUUAUCAUAGCCGACCGACUUAGACAUGUCGCCGGAUUUCGGUUGUUCAGCGACUCCUUGGUCGAAGACAUAUGUCGCAGAGGCACAUUGGAGGAACUGGAACCGGGCAUCGUUCUGUUUCGCCAAAGUACCCCUUGCAACAACUGGUACUUCCUGCUGUCCGGAUCGCUGGACCUGGUCAUCACUGCUGACCAGUCUGAAUCGGUACGUACUUUGACAUACGCACGGGCUAGACGGACGUGUGCCGCCGAUUUGGUCGUGAUUUAUGACACGGAGAUGACGACGAGUACACGAUCGAUCGGUCGAUGGUCGUCGUCCUCGCUUGGUUGUCGGAAAAACCUCUCAUGGUUGUGGCUGGCUGAUCAUCGUUGUGCCCAUUUUUACAUAUUUUCCCUCUUACCUCUAACUCAACCCUUCAAUGGGUGGUGA